AUGUUAGAGAAGUUACAUGACAGUCACUUAGGAAUUGUSAAAAUGAAAGCUUUAGCGAGAAGCUAUGUGUGGUGGCCAUACAUCAAUCAACAGCUGGAAAUGGUAGCUAACUCUUGUUCUGGCUGUCAACAGAAUCAAAAGAUGCCAAGCAAAGUACCGCUACACCCGUGGGAAUGGGCGACUUUCCCAUGGCAACGCAUACACAUUGAUUUUGCUGGCCCAUUCAAAGAUUCUAUGUUCUUCGUAGUUGUGGAUGCUCACAGCAAAUGGCCAGAAGUUAUUCCAAUGAAGUCAACUACAUCAUCAAAGACCAUCGAAGUCCUKAGAAACCUGUUUGCUCGUUUUGGAAUUCCAGAACAACUUGUAAGUGACAACGGUCCGCAGUUUGUGUCAGACGAAUUCCAGACCUUCAUGAAGUCCAAUGGAAUAAGACACAUCACUUCGGCUCCAUACCAUCCUGCUACGAAUGGAUUGGCUGAGAGGUCAGUUCAAACUUUCAAACAAGCUUUGAAAUCUAUGGAAGGAAACUCUUCACCGCUGAAGGAGAAGUUAGCAAAGUUUCUCAUCAAUUAUAGGAACACUCCUCAUUUAACCACAGGAGAGAGUCCAGCGCAAAUGAUGCUCGGACGUACUCGGACGUACUCGUUUGGACCUAGUCAAACCUAA